UGUAUGUAAACUUCUGACUCACUGGAAUUGUGAUAGUCAAUUAAAAGUGAAAAAAAAUCUGUCUAUAAACAAUUAUUGGAAAAAUUACUCGUGUCAUGCACAGAUACAACUUAAAAAAUGAGUUUUAAUGACUUCAACCUAAGUGUAUGUAAACUUCUGACUUCAACUGUAUGUGUGAGUGUAUGUGUGUGUGUGUAUAGAUGUGCAGUUGAAACACCACUAAAGAAAGAGGAUUGCGAUUAUUUCGAAUAGCCAACUACUUUAAAUGUAUGCCGGCUAAACGUUUAUAAUGAUGCUAAAAUGUCCAUUAGUGAGGCCAUGUGUUUCUCUCCAACAUUUAUUUAGCAUUUAAGAGAUUGGGGUCCAGUUACUUCUUAAAGUCUCAAGUGUGUAUAAAGACAUCAAAUGUAAAACGCUUCGCAAUCAUUUACAAAUCAACGGAUUGUUAUUUCUAAAGCCUCUUAUGAACGCGCGCGCUGCGGUGUUGGAGGCAGACGGAUGACGUCAACGCCGUCUCGCCGCUCGUGCGCGAGAGGAAGGAAGAAAAACUCCCUCACGCUGGCAAACGGGGUCACGAACUAUGACCUUUCACUAGAGUAAAACAAUAACAAAUAAUGUGAAAUAAACCCGACAGCUCAAAUCUACGCGCGUCCGUGUCACAGUGUGAUUGGCAAACAGGUGGAGGGGUGGUUGGCAGAUGCAGUGCUGGUCUUUGUCCAAUCAGACACAACUAAUGACCUCACAUCACCAUGACAACCAAUAUGGAGGUGCUGGCUCAGCAGAUAUUGACCACUGAGCAGAUUGCAGAGGUUCUUUUGAGUUAAUUGGUCAGAAUGGUUCAUCUGUCUGAAUGAAUUCCAGACAUCACAAACGACUAUAAAAAUCAUGGAAAUUCAUAUGUCAAAAAUGGUGGGAACCAUGUAUUGACUGUUAAAAAAAAAAACAAAAAAAAACCUGAGCCCUUCGAUAUGUCCCGCCCCAAAUUCCUCUUUGAAUAGGAAAUAUGUAAACACAGGAAAAAAAUGUAAGUAUUUCUCUUCCCCACCAUAUUAAAUAUUAGCCUUUUGUUUUAAGAAUUUCUAAAGAAUAAACAAAUUUAAGAACUGACCACUGCGGGAGGAAAAUGUGAUAUGCUAAGAUUAAUGGGUCAAAAUCAAAUGUUUCUUUUUCAAGAAGAUUUGCCUCAAAAACAAUACCCAAGGGACAUAAAGUGACAUUCUGUAAAAUGUAUUAUCCGGAAUUAAAAAAAAAACUGAAAUCUAAACAAAGGGUAGGCUAAAUUAACAAAUUACAUGUGAAAAAUGACAUCACAAGAUGAACAAAUUAUGGGGAGAAUGGAACAUUGAGAUUUUUCCCCACUUUCUGCUUUCCAACUCGCCUCACUCCCACAUAAACUUUUCUCAUAUUGCUCAUAUAUAUGUACUUACAUUUUUAUCUGACUUACAAUUAAUGAUUACUUACAAUUAUUAUUUUUUUUUUUAUCACAAAUGCCUUAUUUUAUUGACAAAACAAUAUUUUCUAAUCGUGAUGCUCUUCUCCAAUGUGCAAAAUAAGACAUUUAUUGGGAGUUAUACCAGCAUCUUAAAAUCCUGCACCUCUGACAUAAUCGUUCAGUUUUUAAGGUGUCUUCCUGAAGAGGGUGCUUGCUGGCCAAAAAAGCAGAACCAUCCAUCGGGCUGCAUUUAAAACUGUGACAUUUUUUACUUUUUAACAGGAAACAUUUUGAACACGAAAAGUAUGAAUGUUUAAAUCGACUUAUUUCAAGGAUUGGACAUAAGAUACCAAUGAAAAUCCGCCCGCGUGAUCUCCAGAAUUAUUUUUUAUUUUUUUAAACUUACAAUCGACUGUGAUUGGUGUAUCCUGAACAGCGCUGAAAAAAGUUUACUCCCAAAAAUGCCAUACGUAUAGCUUACAAAUCAUUAUUAUAUAACACAAUAUUUCAGUCUGUUCAGUGAUAUUUAAGAAAAAUCUUUAUUAAAUAUUUGUUAGCUAUACAGCAGUGUGGUAAACUUCUCAAACAAACAAAAAUAAACAAAUAUUGACUAACUUAUUGGCAUGGCAUUUGGUCUAUCACAAAUAAAAAAUUUGUACUGAAUUAAUUACAAGAUGUGCCGGUUAAUCAAAUGAAUCGCAUAUCAAUAUUUAUUGUGAAAGGCCCCCAAAUAAAGAUCAUUUAGUACACAAUAACUGAAAUUAUAAAUAUAAUAUAAUAAAUAUUACAAUUUAGAUCAUUCAAAUACAUUAUAUCAUACAUAUAUAACGUGGUAACGGACAAUUAUAGCAUUAGGCAAUAUGAAAAGUGUCUUUAAAAGUCAAAAUAUUGUUUGUUUUAUUUCCAUAUCAUUGAACAAAACCCUAUUAUUGGCGUGGUGUGUUCAAGUCAUGUCGGAAUUGUUUUAUUUACGAGGUGAAUGCACAUGAACGGCACCAAAAGUCACAAUAAUGAGUGGGAAACUCUGGAUUUUCCUCAAGCCCCGACUUUCUGAGUUGGAGGUGUGUGGAUUUAAGAGUCAUGGUGUUAUUGGUAAUAAUUUAGUUUUACAUGAGGAUUUUGACUGUGCAGUUUAGUUUGUAUGCAUUUUUUGUACUGUUAAUGAAGAAUAACUAUAAAACUUGCCAGACAAUAACACUCAUUUAGCUGAUUUAUACAGCGACAAGUGUUUGGAACAAAACUACCUUUCCCAUUAUUAUAUAUGGUUGCACAAAAAUGAUAAAAUAGGUAAUUAAAGCAUUAAUUACACACUUAAUGUUGGCUUUGCUCUUAAUUUUGUUGAAUUGUUCCUCAAGCUUCUGCAUUCGCUAGUUAGUGAAAAAGAAAUGAAAUUGCAAAACGGGUUGGUUCUUUCUGACUUAAAUCACUUGAAUUUACGUCAGGUAUUUUUGAUUUCCGAGGAGGUCUUGAAUGCAUCAUUACUCCGUUUGCUCUAUUUUAAACUUUUGGUCUAUGUGCUCAUGCGUCAGACGGGCGAUUAUCGAGUAUAUCACUAGUUUUCAUCAUCUUUAGUCAUAAACGCUGUGUUUUUAGGAAGCUGUGUCAAGUUAAACAUAGUUUGAAAUAUUGAAAACACAUCUCGAGACUUCUGCAUUCUGUUGUUAUCGCUCCAGUGGUCUUUGAGUGCAAGAGCAUGUCAUCUGUUGAAGUCUGUGCUGCUCUCGUUGGUUUGAAGAGGCAUGUUGCACUGACUGCCCCCUACUGACACUGAUUCACAAAAACAUCGAGUAUUUUAAAGCAUUCAGGGGUUGUCAUAGCAACUGGAAACAGAGCGGGAGAUUUUAAAACAAGAGUACUUCAUUCAUAAAUACACAAGAUCCUGCAUUCACGCUGUGGACGUACUGAUGUGCAUCUGUGCUCAUGAAACUCCAAGAGACAACACAAAGUCAUUAAAAAUAUCUCUGUAGGACACACCUCUGACCAUUUUUCGUCAUUCGCCCGACUGUGUUACAGUUAAGCAUCUUCAAAGUAGUCACCUGUGAGGGAAGGAGGUCACUGGGACAGGAAGGUUCAGUUCUCAGGUGCAGUCGUCUCCAUCAGAAAGUUCAGUGAUGAGCUCCUCCCCCCAACGCAUUCAGAUCAUCACUGACCCUGCCGUCACAACACCACAGAGAAUACAGAUUGUGACCGAGCCGCAGUCAGGUCAGAAGAUUCAGAUAGUGACCGCUCUAGACUCCAAUGUCCCCAAACAGCAGUUUAUCCUCACAGCACCUGAUGGAUCUGCAGCAGGAAAAGUCCUGCUGGCAUCACCCGACAGCACUAGUGCCAAACAACUCAUCUUUGCCACCGCAGACAGCCUGGUGCCCGGACGAAUUCAGGUAUGCUUUGUGACUGAUGCAGUGUCUGUGGAGAGGCUUCUGGGUAAAGGAGGAGACAUGAGUCGAACUCAGCCUGUUGAAUACUGUGUGGUGUGUGGAGAUAAAGCUUCAGGGCGGCACUAUGGGGCAGUGAGUUGUGAAGGCUGUAAGGGGUUCUUCAAGCGAAGUGUGCGCAAGAGCCUGACAUACAGCUGUCGCAGUAACCAGGACUGUGUUGUCAACAAACACCAUCGUAACCGCUGCCAGUUUUGCAGACUGAGGAAAUGUCUGGAGAUGGGCAUGAAGAUGGAGUCUGUUCAGAGUGAGAGGAAACCUAUUGAUCUGCCCAGAGAAAAACCUGUGAACUGUGCAGCAUCCACAGAGAAGAUCUACAUUAGGAAAGACCUGCGAAGUCCACUCAUCGCAACACCCACCUUCAUCACUGAGAAAGACUCCUCACGGUCUGGGCUGUUGGACUCCGGGAUGCUGGUCAAUAUCCAACAACCCUUUAUACAAGCUGAUGGCACAUUACUAUUAGCAACAGACAAAACAGAGUCAGCACAGGGUGAUCUAGGGACACUGGCUAAUGUGGUUACGUCACUAGCAAACCUGAAUGACUCGCUCAAUAAUGGAGACACCUCAGACAGCCAGCUGGAUGAAUCACCCAGUGAAAUCACACGUGCCUUUGACACGCUGGCUAAAGCUCUGAACCCCAGUGAUGUUGCGGAGGGCCAGAGCCUGUCGGAGGUGGGCGGAGCUAUGAUACAGGUGAUCAGCAGAGAUCAAAUCACACCGCUAAUAGAAGUGGAGGGUCCUCUGCUUACAGACACACACGUCAAUUUCAAGUUGACGAUGCCGAGCCCAAUGCCGGAGUAUCUGAAUGUGCAUUAUAUCUGUGAGUCUGCAUCACGUCUCCUCUUCCUCUCCAUGCAUUGGGCACGCUCUAUCCCAGCAUUCCUCGCUCUUGGGCAGGAGUGUAACACAGCUCUAGUCCGUGCAUGCUGGAAUGAGUUGUUUACUCUGGGUUUGGCGCAGUGUGCUCACAUCAUGAGUCUUUCCACUAUCCUCGCGGCCAUCAUCAAUCACCUGCAGUCCAGUAUACAGGACGUAGACAAGCUAUCGAGUGAACGCAUUAAACUGGUUAUGGAGCACAUAUGGAAGCUGCAAGAGUUCUGCAACCGCAUGGCAAAGCUGGAAACAGACGGAUAUGAGUAUGCAUACUUAAAAGCCAUCAUCCUCUUCAGUCCAGAUCAUCCAGGUUUGAGCAGCUGUAGCCAGAUAGAGAAGUUCCAGGAAAAAGCACAGAUGGAGCUCCAGGACUAUGUGCAAAAAACAUAUCCUGAUGAUACCUACAGGUUGGCGCGGAUCCUGUUGCGUUUACCAGCGCUGCGGUUGAUGAGCUCCAGUAUAACAGAGGAGCUUUUCUUCACCGGCCUAAUUGGAAACGUACCAAUCGACAGUAUCAUCCCCUAUAUACUCAAGAUGGAGACUGCAGACUACAACAGCCAAAUCACAGGCCCCUCUGUGUGACCACUCGCUAAACCCCAUCUCAUUUUCACCUUCAGACUCAAAUCACCUGCAUAGUGAGGGACUCGAAUAUAUCACGUUAUUUUGAACUGACAACAAGCUCUACCUCAAGAGGAGCUGCAACAGUGAAAGUCUCUUAGUAUUUGAGCGUUACCCUAGAAACAUUGUGUUAAGAGAGAUGCAUUAUGGGACUUUGAGUUCCAGUGACAGGGCAUUUUGCCUCUAAACAUUAAACAGACAUGGGCCUUUCUUUUGUACAUUUACAUUUAUUCAUUUUAUCCAAAGCGACUUACAAAUGAGGAAUACAGCAAAAGUGAUUCAUUAUAAGGAGGCAACAACAUGAGAAGUGCUGCAAUGUAAAGUUUCAAAUUGUUCCGAGAAUUACAAGUAGGGAGAAAGGUGAAAGACAGUGGUAAAAGAAUGGUGUGAGAAUGUUUAUGUAUAUAUAUAUAUAUAUAUAUAUAUAUAUAUAAUAUAUAUAAAGAAAGAUGACAGUUAGUAAAUUAGUAGUAUUGUGUGCUCACGAAAGAGAUGUGUCUUUACAUGAUUCUUGAAAAUAGUUAGAAAAUCAGCUGCUCAGGUGGAGUUCGGAAGGUCAUUCCACCAGUGAGGAACGGUGGAAGUGAGUGAGGAACGGUGGAAGUGAAAGUCUGAGCAAAUGAUGUUGUGCCACUGUGAGAUGACUCCACAAAGCAUAGUUCACCUGCCGAUCACAAGCUUCUGGAGGGCACAUAGACUUGAAGUAGUGAGUGUAGAUUGGGGGCGUGAAACCAGUGGCUGUUCUGUAAGAGAGCAUCAAUGACUUGAACUUGAUGCGAGCAACCAUUGACAGACAUUGCAGUUCAAUGAAGAGAGGCGUGACGUGUGCUCCCUUGGGCUCAUUGAAGACCAGUCACGUCGCCACAUUGUGGAUUAAUUGCAGAGGUUUGACUGUAUAUGCAGGAAGUCCUGCCAGAAGAGCAUUGCAGUAGUCCAGUCUAGAUAUGACAAGAGCUUGGACAAGAAGUUGUGUAGCAUGCUCCGAUAGCAAGGUCUGAUCUUCCUAGUGUUGUACAGUGCAAAUCUGCAUGAUUUUGGUGAUUGUGGUCUGUGAAGUCCAAGUGAUUGUCAAACACAAUGGCAAUAUUUCUGACUGUCCUGGAUGGUGUAAUUGUUGAUGAGUCUAACUGAAUGGUUAAGUUAUGUUGCAUAGCUGGCUCGCUGGAACAAUGAGAAUUUCCGUCUUUGCUAGGUUGUUUAGAGGUGGUGUUCUUUCUUCUUAAACGAAAUGUCUCCCAGGCGGGCUGAGAUCUGUAUGGCAUUCGUAGGAUCAUCAGGUUGGAAUGAGAGGUAGAGUUGUGUGUCAUCGGCAUAGCAAUGAUAGGAAAAGCCAUGUGCCUGAAUGACAGAUCCCAGUGAUCAUGUCAUGUAUAUAUGGAGAAGAGGAGAGGCCCAAGCACUGAACCUUGAGGUACCCCAGUGGCUAGUUGGUAAGACCUGGAUACGGCUCCCCUCCAAGACACCCUGAAGGACUACCUGUGAGGUAAGACCCAAACCAGUGGAAUGCUAUUCCUUUGAUACCCAUUGUCAAGAGGGUGGAAAGGAGGCUCUGUUGGUAAACCGUAUCAAAAGCAGCAGACAGAUCCAGCAGAAUGAGGACAGUUAAUGUUGCUAUCGCCAGCCUCAGAGCUUCAGUAACAGACAGCAAGGCAGUCUCAGUUGAGUGUUCGCUUUUGAAAGCCAGACUAGUUGUUUAACAGUUUGUUCUGGGAGAGAAAAGAGGAGACUUGUUUGAACAUGACUCGUCCAAGUGUUUUUGCUAUGAAGGGGAAGAGAGAGACCGGUCUGUAGUUUUCUCAGAGUGCAAGGAUGAGUUUGGGUUUCUUAAGCAGUGGGGUUACUCGAGCCUGUUUAAAUGUAGUAGGAAAGGCACCAGUGAGGAGAGAACUGUUAAUAAUGUGUGUGAGUGCAGGUAGGAUGGAAGGUGAAAUGGACUGGAGGAGAUUGGAGGGAAUAGGAUUGAGAGGGCAGGUAGUUGGGUGGCUGAAGAAAAGUUUAGAGACAAAGAGGGGAGGAGUGGGUUGUGUAUGUUGGUGAUGGGUGUCGGGGGUUUGUGGUGUGGAAAACUGACUGUUGAUGUUUGUUAUUUUGUCUGUGAAAAAAGUGAUAAAUUCAUCAGCUGUUAGAGAGGAUGUGGGAGGGGGAGGGCAGAGUAGAGAUGUGAAAGUUUUAAAGAACAUGCGAGUCUCAGAAGUGCUGUUGAUUUUGAUAGAAUGAUGUUUAACGGUGGAGACGUUAUCAGAGAAGGAAGAGAGCGGUGACUGAUACUUACUCGGGGUAGCUGGGUCUAUAGAUUUGCGUCAUCGUCUUUCAGCAGCCCUGAGUUUAGAACGAUGUUAACGAAGAACAUUGGAUUGACAGGGGUUGUGGUGUGGGCUGGCAUGAGGAAAUGGGACAGAUAUUGUCUAGACAAGAUGUUAAAGUUUUUUAUAACCUUACUUUAAAAACACUUCAUGAAAUGAUCCCAAUGGGAGUUGUCUCAAUGGGAAAAUAUUUUUUCACUAUCCUGUUUAUUCCUUUGAAAGUGCAACAUCGACAGCUAUGAUUCUUUGUUACGUAAGAUGUGAUCCCUGAUUGAAUUUCACAAUAUCAAGAGUUUUACUCGUGAAUCUCACAAAAACAUGUUCAGGUCAUAUUUUACCCCAAAAUCAAAAGAGAAAAAUAAGCAAUUACAUUUUGCAUAAAGAAAAGUAAGCCUAUUUUUAGGACAAUUAAAAUUUCUUGACAGUUUUCCCCUCAAAUACUAUGAUAUAUGAAUAUAUAUAAAUGAAAAAAAUACUUCAGUUUAAAUAAUAUAAAUUUUUUGGGCAUUUCUGUAAUGAGAAUGAAUUUAUUUUAUUUAUUUAUUUAUUUUAAUGCAAAAAAUCUUCAAGGUCCAAAAAAACAUGCUUCAUUUUGCAAAGAAAAUAAUAAUAAUAAAAGUAAAAUGAUAAUGAGAUUCACCCAAAACAAAAUGUGCUGCAUCAGUCUCCCUCUGAAAUACUGUUUAACCUCAAUCUGUGGUUAAGUCAAGCUAUAAUUUAUUAAGACAUCAAAUAUGAAAAAGGUCUUUUCAGUCUUUAUGAAGUCAUUUCAUAUGACCUAAGCGGGUCUGUUUAGAUACUUUUUGUCGUGAUUUGGGAUGAGAGUGUGGUGUGCCACAGCUCAUUAUUACUGUGUAUGUACUGUAUCACUUCUGCUGUUAUGACAAUCCUCUUACAGUAUAACGCUGCACUUAUCCUCCUUAAAAUCCUCUUCUGUACUCUAGUACAUGUAUUUAUUUGAGUCUAACUCAAAAGUGCAUAGGAAAGUCAUCAAAAAUCAUCAGUUAUUAAAUGACAUUAAAUAUAGGAAAUAUUUCAAAUUUGUCUAUAGCAUUUGGUAAUUUUUAGAUGUAAUAUAUCCACAACAGGGCAGUUUCAUGCAGUUACAUUACUAUAAAAAAAAUGAUUUGCAAAUAGAUCAUUUGUAAGUCACUUAGAGUGAAUUUUGUCAUCUUUGCAAAUCAAUGUAAUGUCCCAUUAUUAGGUGUAACGAAAGCAUUGACAUGCACUUAUUUUACAUGACUUUUUUAAUCUGAAAUAUUCGCCUAUAUUUAUUUGUGUGUGAAAUUAUGACCUUGAAAGGAAAAGGUAAAUAGUUGAACUUCCAGUCCAUUUUAUGUUUCACACUUCACCUUUAACUAUUCUUGGUUAACCACAUUGCUAUUUUUAACUACAAAUGAAGUCAGUGUAAUUUUACAUAUGAGGUGUGCAUAAGCAUUUGCAGACACUUCUACUCAAUUUCAGUAGGAUUUUAAUUGGUAAUCACCACCACCAACUGUGCAAUUGAACUCAGAAUAACACCUAAAAUAUGUCCAAAAUGUGCCUCAUAUAUUUGAAAACCUACAAAGUGAUUCACAACAGUUGUUUUGCAUUUGCAUACAUAGAUUUAUUCAGUGAGAGUAUUUCUGACUGAACUCUGAAACACUUUGAGUCCAAAUUGUUUUUAUAAUUUCAGUCUCUUGUAAAUCUUGACAGAAUUAUUGUAAUGACCUUUACCAUUGUUGUAUAUAGUAAUUUGACUUUACAGUUUGAGUUUAAACAUGAAUGAUAAUGGAUUGUUGUUGAAACAAUUGUCAAAGAUGUUAAGGUGAUUAUAAACAAUCAGCAUACAUAUUUUGGCAUUAAUAUUUAACAAUCUCAAAUUAAAUAGCAUAUAAAUUGCUUGAAUUAUUUCAUAAAGUUUUUGGAUUGAUCAUUGAAAAGUGAAGGUUAAAAGUCGUCCCUUCUUGCUCUUAUUGAUUAUGGCCAAAAAACAUUAUAUUCUCUUUUUUAAAUUGUGUAUUAAAAUGUGUAUUAUAUGAUGCCUAAUGUUUUUUUAUUUGAAUCUGUCAAAGACCGUUUUUAUAGAUGUUGUAAUAUCAUGUGACAUUUGUAGAUGUGUACUAUCAUUACUAUGACUGCAUAUAUUCUUAUUUCCCCCAUUUUCUCUAACCUAUGAGACGAUAAGAAAUUUGUGCAUGAAGUAGGUUAUGCAUUUUAUUAAAUGCUAUACAGAUGUGGAGUUUAAAUAUUGUGGCUUGAGGGAAAAAAAAAAAAUAUAUAUAUAUAUAUAUAUAUAUACAAAUAUAUGCACACAUAUGUAUACACUAUGUGUGUAUAUACGAUAUUGCGAGGCCAGACCAAGGCAAAAAAAUAAUAAUAAUAACAUUUCUGGUAAUUAACUUGUUUGUAUAUCUUGUGGAGCAAGGAAUGACCUCAUUGUCUUUUCAGUGAAAGCCUUCUUUGUUUUGUUGUGCAUAUUUGAAAUAUACUGUUCAAAUCAAUGAAAAAAUAUUGUGUUUGUUUUUAUGUGGUUUUUUUUAUAUAUACUUUUUCAGUGUUCAUGUAGCUCAAUUGGUAGAGCAUGGCAUUUAAAAAAAAACAAGUUUGUGUGUUUGAUUCCCAGGUAACACAUAUACUGAUAAAUGUAUAUUGUACCUUGAAUGCACAGAAGGCGCUUUGAAAAAUGCGUAAAUGUAAAAGGAUAGGGAUGCAUUUAAAUGCAUUGUAGGUAAAGAUGUAUGCAUGUUCUUGGGAAUCAGACCUGCAGCCUUGGUGUUUGAUGCUCUUAUUAUCAGCUGACAAUAAAUGACUUGGCAAUAAUAAAGUUUUUAUAACAAA